ACUUACCGGUAUCUUCAAAUUAUCUUCAAAUUAUUUUUUAAAGAAAUCCACGAAGGCUGUGGAACGGGAAGUUGAACACCAGGAUUAUUGUUUUGAUUUUUGAAUAUCAUUGAGGACGUCUACCAUGCUUCAAGAUGGUGCCACCACUUGCUAGAACAUCAAUUCAGACUCUUCAGAUUUUAUGUCAAAAGCAUGGUUGGGGUUAUCUUUUUGGAGCUGACGAAGCAACUGGGGAUUGGUUUUUGGACAUAUUUUAUGGACUAGGGGAAUGGAAGCGAUUCAUGGUCCCGAUUCCAAAACAAGCACUACAUGGAAAAACGCUUGUUUCGGAAGCUGCACUAGUGGGAUUGCGAGAAAUAAUUGAACGCGAAGAAUCGAAACGCAUUUUGUCAUUCAAAGAUGUAUUUCCCAAUCCAAUCGUUAUCUACGACUCGCAUUCGAAAAGCACCUGGGAAAGAUUCUGGAACGACUCUCCAACUGAAGUUGGAGUGGAUUGUGAAGGAAAUUCAAUUUCACCACCAGUCCUCGUCCAAAUAUCGACCGAAAAUUACACAAUUCUUGAGACUCCGUUGGACGGUCACUUAUCUGAAAAUCUGCAGCGACUCUUGGGAAUGAAAUCCAUUGUAAAGAUAUUUUGCGACAAUUAUUCACACAGAGACAAGAUAUGUUUGGGAUUGAAUGUAUAUGGCGAUUACAACGAAAGAGAUCAAGUUUCCAAAAAAACUCAUAUUGUAGAUAUUGAGAUCCUCUCUAAUAGGGUGAUAGGACCUAGCAAGACACCCCGGGGAUUAUCGAAAUUAGUUUGUCUGUGCUUCCCAGAAUUGAACGUGCGGAUAUCCAAGUCAGGAAAGUCAAUGAAGCAACGGUUUAGAAACAUUGGAAAAUUUGUCGAGAUAGAACAAGGAAAGUAAGUCAACAAGCAAACAUCAAAGAUUAUUUUGUUGGUCCACUGUAGCUACCGGUGUGCAAUAAAGUCUGACAAAUCAAAAAAAAUUUGCCUUGAAAUGAUGAUUUUUCUGCCCCUCAUUGAACUGCCAACGCUACCUAGGGCAGAGCCUUUGAAAGGGAUCUGUGAUUUGAAUGACACCCAACGACAGUAUGCCGCUUUAGACUCUUGGUGUACUUUGAAAAUAUAUCAGCGAAUGGUUUCGAUAAUGAAAAAGGAAAUUGCAGGCCAAGUUAACUGAUGAUUUUGAAGUAGUGAAGAUACAGUUGUUGUCUCUGAACCAACGCACUGAUUUCUCACUUCAAAAUUCUGCGCUCCUGCUCUACGAUGCAGUGGAAAGAGCAGCUGGAAGGUGGAAUUCUGUAAAUUUAUUCACAAGCUCAGCUAGCUAUGCGUAACAUUUCACUUUCUUUUCUACGACAGGAAGAAUGUAGAUCCCCCAGAUUAUGGUCGUGCCUCCAUCACAUCUCCUCAGAUGUAGGUGCCGCCCCUCAGAGCGACUAGGAGCAUUCUUCUUCCCAGAAGUUAUGGUUCUGACCAUGAUAGUGCCUCUUCUAGUUCACGAAGUUAUACAUAAAUUUAAGAUUUUUUUAAAGAUCGUCCCCGAUUAGGAGCACCAAUCGGAAAGCCUAAAGAAUUGAAGGCAUUCAUAAUUUGGUUUUAAGUGGUACUGAACGUUCCUGAAAUAUGCAUGUGCCAUCGAAGCAAUCAGUUAAUUUGUCGUAACGAAUGGGACACAGAUGUCGAGUUUGUCAGAGCUUUCAAAUAGAUUUUGUAAAAGUAGUAAUUCAGAUGCUCGUCAUGCACUCUACGUUUCUAUGGGAUCCACGUCUUUGAUACAAUUACCCUCAAUCAAAUUAUUUUUUUUCCAUUUCUUCAAAUCGCUUCAACAUUUUUGAGACGCUCUGAUUCAUUUCUUCGUCCGACAAUUCGACAUACUUUACAGAGGGACGUGCUAAUACGGCACACACCCAGCUUUUCAGACGGAUCAACCCCUCUUCUUCACAUAUCUUGAUAGGGUCGACACCGGCAGAAUCAUAGUCACGCAUUUCUGCAUUUCUUGCACCAGUGAAGGCAGGUAGCACGUUGCAUGCACGUUGAAGAAAAGGGGCUACGUUACACUCUGCAAGGGUGAAUUGGUUGCCGAAUAGAAAUGGACCCCCUGACUUGCCCUUCUUUUCGAGAAAGGCAUUCGUGUUAAUCAAUCCUUGCUUGAACUUUUGUACAGCCGACUCGAACUUCUCAUCGUCCCCUCUCGCACGCAAAAUUUCCCAAUAAGAGAACACAGAUGCUCCACACAGCUCAGAAAAAAGCCGCAUAACAGCACGAUCUUCGCUGGUGCUUGGUGUCAGACCAACGUCUGGGUACCGAUCGGCAAGAUAAUCUGCC